AUGGAUUCGAGAAAACUGUUUGGUGGAUACAGAAUAACUCCGCGACUUUGUAAGCCUACAAGAAAGAUCGCGACAGAUUCAGGAGGCCCGACUAUUUGUAUGUUCAAUCACGAAUGCACACAUAGGAAUGGCCAAGUUGUCGGUGCGUGUAUGGAUGGGUUUCUAUUCGGCGCUUGUUGUCAGCUACCUAUGGGUGUCAUGGGUGAACUUGUUGAAAGUGAUCUUAAUCCAGUGAGACCACCGGAUAAUAAUUUCGUGUACAGUCCCACCACUAGGCGAACAGUUACCACCACCAGUAAUCCUAUCGACGAAGGGGCAUACUUAAUUAACGAGGGGUUGUUACCUACAGCUCAAGAAAACGUGGUGGUACAAGUUAGUGGAGAUUAUGGACACUUCAGCACACCUGGCCUAACGCACUCAUCUACAGCUGAGACGUACCUAUUGCAAUCAGAAAAUAACAAUAUUGAUCCGGAUGAAUUUAAACGGCCAAUUAAAAUAUCGUCCGUAUCAGACAACAAAAGAACAACUACACGAAAUGAAGCAACAACGCCGGGUUACCGACCAACGUCUUCGUCACCUUACAUACACAUUUCAAUUUCAAAUGCGCCUGAUUACUAUACACCUAAACCAGCUACAAAUAAAAUUCCUAAACCUGACCAUGACCACUUUGUUUUGGUGCCUACAAUAAACCAACCUCCAAAGCCCAAUAAAACUCAAGAAUUUGAUUCCAUCGUUAACAUAAUACAAAUGUUAAAUGAUAGUAAUAGUUCUACUGAGUCCUACGCAAAUUCCUACGAGUACACACCUGCUAGUAGCAGAAAACCUCCUUCCACCUCGUACGUGUUCAGCUUAACGCCAUCUAGACGCCCCGUCAUUCAAACCACUUCUCCAAUAACUACAAUAAUUGCCACUAAAAAACCGCCAUCUACGUCAUACGUCUUCAGUUCUACUCCGCUUCCUCACAGACCUGGCUCAAAACCCACAACCAGCAAAACUAAAUCACCUAAACCCUCUUCAAAACCCACCAAAAAAGUGUCCAAUCGGCCGUCUCAAUCUACUGCAUCUAGCCGACCCUCUCAUUCUACAUUUGCCAGUUCUCCAAGCGCCUACGUUACGACUAAGAAACCAUUGUCAACUUCUUACGUUUAUAGCUCAACAAUUUCGAAACGUCCUACGACAACGGCCCCACACACGCCCACCUACGAAAUAACGGAUUUCACCUCGGCCUAUCCCUCAACGCCCAGUAGCAACUACGCCAGCUCCCCUCCGACAAUCAUAAUUUUAGGCCCGUCCACAAACACCCCGCUGUCAUCCCCUUACGUUGUCACCGAAGUUCCAACGAAGAAGAAACCAGUAACGCAAGUUACAAUCAACAAUCACGUAACGCAUAACUCGUACGGCACGUCGGAGGGGGCGAACCCCACAAUUUUAAUUACCCCAAAACCGAAUCUCUCCACCAUCAAACCGUACAGCCCCACAACCGAAUUUUACACCCCUCAAAUCGAAGUCGAAACCUCCGUCAACGACCUCAUCAAUUUCCCUCCGGUACGCAACCCAAAUUUGAACAUAUCCGCCUCGAUCUACGAGGACGGAUUUACGACGCCCCAGUUUUUGGAGGACGACGCCUUGAACAUCAAGAUGGAUAACUUCGUGAACAAAAUCGUGCAGAGUCUCCAGGAACCGUUUCAGGGCUUGAAAGACGUGGUGUACAAUAAGAAUACGACGGUGUUCACGGAGGUAACGAAGAAACCGACGAAAAAACCGAGCUCUGGCACCAAUUCGAAGCCGACGACGACGACGGUGAAGAAGCCGUCGACUAAGAGACCGGCGGGCGGGUCUACGUCGAAAAAGCCGUCCGUUUCUACUAAGAAAACUGGACCACCUAAAAAGGUGACGACGACAACACCGGCUUCGUUUGAAACUGAAUUUCCAGCAACGUCCAGCGACGAUUAUCAGCGCUAUUGUGGUAUAAGGCCUUUAUUAAAAACGGCGAGGAUCGUCGGCGGAAAGGGAGCGGCCUUUGGCGAAUUUCCGUGGCAAGUUCUCGUCCGCGAGUCUACAUGGUUGGGGUUGUUUACGAAGAAUAAGUGCGGCGGUGUUUUAAUUAGUAAUCGAUUUGUAAUGACCGCCGCGCAUUGUCAACCCGGUUUCUUGGCCUCGCUGGUUGCCGUUUUUGGUGAACACGACAUUUCCGGUGAACGUGAAAGUAAAAGAUCGUUAAGUAGAAACGUGAAGAGAGUUAUUGUGCAUCGGAAUUAUGAUCCGGUUACAUUUGAAAACGAUCUGGCACUCCUUGAACUUGAACAUCCUGUACUAUUCGAUGAGCAUAUAGUUCCUAUCUGUCUACCUCGCGAAAGUGAAGACUUUACUGGGCGAAUGGCUACGGUUACCGGCUGGGGUAGAUUAAAAUACGGCGGUGGAGUUCCGUCAAUAUUACAGGAAGUUCAAGUUCCCAUAAUGGAAAACCAGGUCUGCCAGGAAAUGUUCCGGACGGCGGGCCAUUCUAAAGUUAUAUUGGAGUCAUUCCUGUGCGCUGGUUAUGCAAACGGACAAAAAGAUUCAUGCGAGGGUGAUUCCGGUGGUCCUCUUGUCCUACAACGAGUGGAUGGUAGAUACCAGCUAGCAGGAACAGUAUCUCACGGUAUUAAAUGCGCAGCGCCUUACCUUCCAGGCGUUUACAUGAGAACAGCUUACUACAAGCCAUGGAUUGAAUCUGUGACCGGUAUACAUUGACCCAAACAGAAACUGUUAGUGCCUGUGUGAUUAAAGACUCUCAAUUUUUGUUAUAAGUUAUUUAAUUUGUUGUAAAUUAUUGUUGUGUAUGUACUUGUAAAUUUUAAUUUAUUGUCUUAUUGAUAUUUUGCUUAUUUUAAAUAAAGUUAUUUUUUUGUUAUA